CCCAUCCAUAAACCCUAAUCAGAACUCUAAAGCAAAACACUGACCCCAAGACCAUCCUUACGAACCUAAGAAUCACAGAAAUUUAGCUACAAUCUCAAUGGGCAUCACAACUCGGCACAACCUCGAUCUUAGAGCAUUACAAAAUUCUGACGUAACUCUUUCAAAAGCCACAGAUUUCACACAUCUUGUUAACGCACUGAGUACUGGUCUUACCGGUGGAGAAGAAGUGACAGAGAUGAGAAAGAGUUACUUGGCAUUCCUCGGGGUCUGUCUGUGCAGCAUCUGGGAUCAGGAAAGCUCUGCCCAUCCACCUGCUGGUGGAGACCAGAACCUGUGUCUUACUGAGAGCUGUGGGCCCAAUGCAGAGUGUCACAAUGACACGGGAAGCUUCUACUGUACAUGUAAGGCUGGAUUUUACUCUGAUUCUGGAGACAGAAGGUUUGCUGGUUCCACAGAGUCCAGCUGUAAAGAUUACAAUGAGUGUUACACCGUUAAAGCAAUCUGCAGCACGAAUGCCACCUGCUACAACACGAUGGGAAGUUUCUAUUGUCUCUGCCAUGCUGGCUUUGCUCACGCUUCGGGUGAGACAAAGCUUACUGGUUACAGCGCCAGGUGUGAAGAUAUCAAUGAGUGUUUGCAGCAACCCUGUGGCCCCCAGGAAGUCUGCCACAACACCAAAGGAAGCUUCUUCUGUUCUCGCACAACACGGCAUGUGACCAGCAGACUCAUAACCACUCUCAGCCCAUUUCUGAAUUGUUUGACUAACCUCCUGAAGAACCAAUCCAUCGUUGACAACUGUUUCACCAAGGAACAGCAGCAGCAGGUUAUAGCACAUCAGUUCUGUUCUCUCAUCAACUCCACUCUUACAUUUGCGAAGAGGAUGUGUGAACAAACCAACCAGGCCAACAAGACGCAAACAAGCCCUGUAACUUUAAAAGACGUCACAUCAUUUGGAAAUAAAUUCAUUGCUGAUGAUUCUGGAGUGGAGCCAACCUCCGUCUUCCUGGAUGCCAUGGAGAGUUUUGCAUUAGCUACUGCACUGACCUCACCUUCUGAAGAUCUGAGACCUAUUAUCACUGCACACCUGGAUCUUGAUGUGCGCAUAGUUCAGAUGAGUGACCAGCGCUUUCAAUCGAAGGUACCUGAGAGAAUAACACUCCUGGCAAAGGGAAACGUGCUGGAUGUUUGUGUAACAAGUGUGGCUGGUGAUAAAGAAGCAGGGGCAGCCAUUGUCGUCUUCCUCUCCUACAAGGAGCUGAAGUCUCUGAAAUCAGGAGAAUUUAUCGAGAAGGGGAGAUCGAGACCCUUCCAGAUGCGGUCAGGGGUGGUCUCAGCUGUUAUCGGAAAUCGGAGGAAUCCGCACUUCACUGAGAGCAUCAACAUCACCCUGAGGCACACAGAGGAUUCGGUGAUGGAUGGAUGGAUAUUUUGCGCUUACUGGAACCAUUCCGGACGUGCUAGUCACUGGUCACCUGAGGGGUGUAAAGUCAUUCAGUCCAACGACACACACACUACCUGUGGCUGCCACCAUCUCUCCAGCUUUGCUAUUCUCAUCUCAACCAGCCAGGUACAAUCACAGCAAACCUACUGCCGUACACUACAUCCCCCACCCACCUCUGUGUGGGAAGAUAAUGAUAAGUCUCUCAGCUGGAUAACUCUAGUCGGACUGAGCACAUCUCUCUUGUGCCUGGCCCUCGCCAUCUUCACAUUCCUGUUCUGCGUCCAGACAAAAAAUUUCAGCAUCACCAUCCACAUCAACCUGUGUGUCAACAUGUUCCUGGGAGAGCUGCUCUUCCUGCUUGGGAUAGAGAGGACCAACAGCAAGGUUGUGUGUGCAUUGGUGGCAGGGUGUCUGCACUACCUGUUCCUCGUAGCCUGCGCGUGGAUGUGUGUAGAGGGCAUUCAUCUCCACCUGGUAGUCAGGAACCUCCAGAGGAUCAGCAAUGCCAGUGUCCACAAGGUGCUGAGGUGCUUCAUGUACCCAUUUGCAUACGGAGUACCUGCUGUGAUUGUCGUUGUUUCCGCGGCAACCUAUCCAGCUGGUUAUGGAUCGCCCCUGUACUGUUGGCUGUCGGUCAAGAAAGGACUAAUCUGGAGUUUCAUUGGGCCCAUUUGUGCCAUCAUCCUGUUUAACAUGGUUCUGUUCACGGUGACGAUGCAGAAGCUGAGGAUGCAGAUCACCCGCCUGAACACCGAGGUCACCAAGAUCAAGGACACGAGAACACUGAUCUUCAAAGCCAUUGCACAGGGGUUUGUCUUGGGCUGCACCUGGAUUCUCAGUUUGUUUCACUUUCACAGUACAACCAUGAUCCUCACCUACCUCUUCACCAUUAUCCACAGUUUCCAGGGAACCCUCAUCUUCCUCAUUCUCUGUGUGCUGAAUCAACAGGUAUGAUUUAUCCCUGACUGACUGCAUUCCCUGUGAGAGAUGUCCAUUCUGUUUCUGUCUCCCUCCCCCUGAACUGACAUUUGGAGCCACAUCACUGUAGUUCAAGACAACAGAUCCAGCGGCACCCACUCCAUAGGCUUUCGGGGUUCCAGGCUUGGGAGUAACCUGGCCAUAAGGAAACCUUUGAAGAUGACGAAGUUGGACAUAUGAAAUCUUAGGACACUAAUGUCAUGGUGUCAGUAAGCCUUCCUGUCUCCUCAUUCUAGUCCUUCAUCCUCCCCUGUGCUCUGUCUCUCUCUCUUCAUGCCCUUUUCCUUCUCCUCCUUGUACCCUCUCCUGUUUCUCUCUACUCCCCAUCUUCAAUCCAUCCUGCCUCUCUCAUACCAUCUCCUCUCCUUUCCUCAUCUCACGAAUGAACAGUGUGCCUCUGGAACAACAGCUGAGGAUUUAUUUUCUUAAACUAACUGCCUUUCCUUCAAACAACUUCAAUGUAGCAAAGCAAAUCUCUCCACGUGUAAACAGAAUUAGCCACAUCAUUCUUCACUGCCUGUGGUGGGGCCAAAACACCAACCCCAACUCUGGAUAGACAGAGAAUGGGGAUCCAGGGCCAGAGAAUCCACUGGAGUUGUCAGAGAUACUGGAAAUGGCCUUUCUAAGCUUUUGACCUCCAGAUUCAUUUCCAAGGACUUCUUACAACUCAUGUUCUCAGUAUUAUUUUUAUUGUAAAAUUAUAGAUGCUCUGAUGAUUAAUUGUUACAUUUACGGAUUACUUUUUUAAAUCUCAGCUAUACAAUGUAACUAAUUUAGAUGUUAAAAUGUUAUCUUACUAAUUUAAAUUCAUAUGUUUUAAAAGCCAAGAUAACCCUCUCACUC